GAUCUUCCUCUGGUAACGAUACUGCCUUCUCCCACCCUGUUUGGGGUCAUCAAUUGUAUCGCAAAGCUUUCCCUUACAACUCUUCAAAACAACACAAAUACCACGCGCAACGUGAUCAUAGCCCAAGAUGUCGGCUUGCGUCUUUGUCAAGUUUAUGUCGCAGAAGGAGCCUCGCCGAAUAGAAUUCGACGGCACCGGCAUAUCUGUUUUUGAACUGAAGCGCGACAUCAUCAUCAAGAAUGGCCUCGAUAGGAGUGGCACAGACUUCGACCUUGCCCUCUAUAACGAAGACGGCAGUGAAGAGUACGACGAUGAUACCUCUGUCAUCACCCGUUCGACCACGGUCCUCGCCCGUCGUCUUCCUGCCAUGCGACCUGGCGCGGGUCGUGCUGCCCGCUAUGUCUCGGGAAAGAUGCCAGUCACCGCCAAGAACCACUCCCGACGAGAGCAAGCAACCAAGGCAGCCGCCUCGGCCAAGUCGCAGUCGGAUCUUGCCGCCAAGAUGGCGAGCGCCCAAACAGAGGAAGAGAAGAUGAUGGCCAUGUUCGCUGUACAGGGAGAGCAGUGGAAAACACAGCAGGAGGAGAUGUCUCACCAGACGCCAGUCUUCAGACCAGGUCAGAAGAAGCCUGCCAACGUCCCUGACCACGAACCACCAAACGGCUACAUCUGCCAUCGCUGCGGCGAAAAGGGCCACUGGAUCCAGCAGUGCCCUACCAACGACAAUCCCGAGUAUAACGACCGGCCCCGCAUCAAGCGCACUACUGGUAUCCCCAAGUCUUUCCUCAAGACCGUUGACAAGGCUACCGUCCUUGCGCAGGGAAAUGAUGAAGAUGGCAACAAACCAUCUGGGGUCAUGGUGACCGCAGACGGCGAGUUUGUGGUCGCCGAGCCCGACAAGAAGACAUGGGACAAGUACAAGGCCAAGGCGCAGGGCUCAGAGGAGGCAAAGAAGCUCGCAGCCCAGGACGAGAAGGAGCUGCAGGACAGGGGCAUCGAGUGCGAACUCGACAAGAAGAUGUUCAUAGACCCAAUGAAGACACCCUGUUGUGCGAAGACGUACUGCAACGACUGCAUUACUAAUGCACUGAUCGAGGGCGACCUGGUCUGUCCUUCGUGCCAGACGGAGGGUGUACUCAUCGACGACCUCAAGCCUGACGACGAGGCAACGCAAAGGAUUGACGAAUACAUGAAGGAGAAGGAGGCUGCCAGGAAAGAGCGGUCCAAGACCCCAGAGGAUAUCAGGUCGCCCACUGCUGAGGCCGCCAAGGAGCAGUCUGCUGAUAACGACAAGAUUGAUGGUGUCACAAAGACGGAGAAGUCCAAGUCACCCACCCCCCCAACCUCGACCAAGUCACCCUCUGCAGACCCCUCACAAAACACCGCUCUCGUCAAGGACGACCCAUCAACCGCUCCCACUAUCAACGGCGAGCAAUCCACCACCUCCAAGAAGCGCCCCGCCGAAGAGGACGCCGAGAAUCCCGUGGCCAAAGCUCCCAAGGCACCUAAGGCGAUGCAGAGGGCCAAAGAGGCCGCCCAGCAGCAGCAGCAACAGCAGCAGCAGCAGAUGGGCAUGAUGCCCGAUUUCAUGGGCAUGAAUGGUAUGAACGGCAUGGCGGGCAUGAACGGUUUUAACCCGAUGGGCAUGCCUAUGCCAAUGAACAUGGGUAUGGGCAUGAUGAAUCCCAUGAUGAAUAUGAACCCUGGCAUGAUGAACGGCUUCGGUGGUAUGAACGGCUUCAACCCCAUGGGCAUGAACCCCAUGAUGAACCCAAUGAUGAUGAACGGUGGUUUUCCCAACAACAACAACAUGAACGGUGGCUUCCCAAAUGGCCAGAUGAACGGCAACAACGGCUUUGGUGGCGGCAGCGGUGUUGGCCCUGAGGACGACGCCUACUUCCGCAAGCCCGUCAACCCGCACCGGCAUCAGAACAAGCAGCGCCGUGUCCGGCCCAGCGACUACCGCGAGCUCUAG